AUGGCCUACAUGAAGUUGGCUAACACUAUAGAUGGAAGGAAAGACAUGGGAGAAUACUGGAGAGAUGCCGUAAAAGAUCAGUCGAUAGAAGAAUCAAUCCGAAUUAGCCUUGGUCGUGCUGAUCCUACCAGGUCCCUCUCUAAUGAGAAAGCUGAUUGUCAUGAAGAAGAGAAGUCUUUUGUUAAAGACUUUGAACCGAGACCUGAUAUCUCCAUCUAUGGUAAUGACGUCAAUCCAACAGAAAAGAAAUCUUUUGUGAAGGAUUUUGAGUCGAGGCCUGAUAUCUCCAUUUAUAUUAACGAUCUUAAACCUGCACAAGAGAAAUCCUUUGUUAAGGAUUUUGAGCCUAGGCCGGAUAUCUCCAUUUACAGUAAUGAUUUUAACCCAACACAAGAGAAAUCCUUCGUUAAGGAUUUUGAGCCUAGGCCUGAUAUCUCCAUUUACGAUAACGAUCUCAAACCAACCGAAGACAAAUCCUUUCUCAAGGAUUUUGAGCCUAGACCUGAUCUCACAAUUUACCACAAUGAUAUCAAGCCAACCCAAGACAAAUCCUUCUUAAAAGAUUUCGAGUCGAGACCCGAUAUCAGCAUUUACCACAAUGAUAUCAAACCUACUGAAAAGAAAUCUCUUUUAAAGGAUUUCGAACCUAGACCCGAUCUUACAAUUUAUCAUAAUGAUGUUAAACCAACCCCGAAUAAACUCUUUGUCAAGGACUUAGAACCAAGACCCAGGGCCGUCUCUAGAACAUUUAUGACCCUAGACAUGAGUUAUUUUGGGGUCCUCUAA